AUGAGCACUCUUUGCAGCUGCACUUUCGAAAUCACAAAUGGGCAGGAGGACGGCAAUGAAUAUCCGUAUAUCAACGAACUCGAAUUAAACAAAAUGCAUUUGGGGUACGUGGAUAAUAACAAUGUCACCGUCACAGGUUCCCCAACAUCACAAACUCCAACCGGAUCGAACUGCCAUUUGUCCAUAUCUAUGAAACGAGGGAAUAUUACCUACAUUACUGGCUCACGGAUGAGUCCAAAUAUAAUUCAUAAAUAUUCAGCUGCUUCGACUGCGUCAUCAUUUUCUGUACAUUUGGCUGCAAUUAACUUUGACAGCAGGUUUCAGUCUUGGAUAACAAUACCGUCAGAAAACUUUCGAUACAAUGAGGAAACUGGACAACGUCACUUCUCGCUCAAUUUCGACUGUGCUCCACGUGCUGAUGCUAUAUUUAUCCGAUUCAACAAUCAACCAGAAGACGCGUGGGCAAUAGAUCAAAUUUUUGUGGAUACCAGCUAUAGAUUGGGACCAACAGAGGAACACGAGCAGAAAUGGCACUUUGAACACCCUAUCCUGAUGCCUUGCUCUUCGUGGUUGGAUGAUACGCUAACCUACCAAAUAGGUCCCAGAAAUGGACUAUUCCUUACUCACAACUAUCGAUAUAAUGCUGAAACGGACGAAUUUAUAAGGGACUGGGCAUGA